GUCCGGUCCACCUUAACGGCCUCAGCACAUCUGCCCAAUGAAUCAGGAGCGGAUGCGAUGUAUCCUUUUUCAGGGGCCUCAAUGGCCAGUGGGAGGUGUCUUGUGCUGCAGCAAACACCGCGGCCCCCCCUCGCCGGCCUCAUUCAUUCAGUGCUCACAGGCCCGCAGAGCACCAAGCAAGCGGCCAAAGCCAGUCUUGACGCCUCAAAGCGAACGUAUGCCGCAGGAGCAUCAGCUUCGGAUUUAACUCCCGAGCGCUCAGUUUUGUCGCCUUUUGCGCUCAUUUUUCCUCAACUUCCACGCAAGGACUCCGACUCGGCUCGGUCCUAACUGGAGAUCGGCUUGCUUCUUGUCCGUGUAAAAACUGUGCAGCUGUGCGUAUAUGUGGAAGGGCUUUGGAUUUACGCGCUUUUUUGUGUGUUGUUGUUUACGCACCGGACCUUUACCUAAAAACAAAGGAAUUAACGUCGCACGCUCUUGGAUUAGCAGGCUGCGAAUGUUCCGCGUUCAACUCGCGUGGGGGACAACGCGCUUCCUUUCUGGAUGGACUCUCGGUAGGCUUGAUGGAUUCGACCCUAUGGACGCUUGCAUAUAGGUUUUCCGAUGCAUGCCAAGUCCACGGUGAAUGUCGGAAGUGGUGAUCCCCCCAGAUGGAGCUCCAAAGUCAACAUGGCCCCGGCGGUUCAUUAGUGGUGAUCCAGCAGCCCUCCCUCGAGAGCCGGCAGAGGUCGGAUUACGAGCGGGAGUUCCAGCAUGCCGCCAUCCUCUCCCUGGACCAGAUCAAGGCCAUCCGCUCCAGCAACGAGUACACCGAGGGGCCGUCAGUGGCGCGCCGCCCGCCCGUGCCCCGCAUGCCGCCGCGGCCACACGACAAGCAGGAGAGGACUCAUGAGGUCAUCCUGGUCAAUGUGAACAACAACUAUGAGCACCGGCCGUCCGGAGGGGCGGCUGCGGGUGGCCACCACUGGGGUGGUGGCGGGGGGACCCGAGUGCCGGUUCUGAGCCGUUCUACCAGCACGGGGAGCGCUGCCAGCUCGGGGAGCAACAGCAGCGCCUCCUCCGAGCAGGGACUCCUAGCACGCUCGCCGCCCGUCAGACUCGCUGGGAACUCGCGGCCCGUUCGGACUCAGCCCAAAGCCAAAGGGCCAGUGGUGGACUCGGGUUCCCACCUCCACCAGGUGCCGCUCAAGGACAAAUCAGAUUUCUCAGGCCCCGGGAAAGGGCCGCUACCGCCCGUCGCAGCCGGGCACCAAUUCAUCUGCGAACGUUGUGGCAAAUGCAAGUGCAGCGAGUGCACGGCGCCCCGCAGCCUGCCCUCGUGCCUGGCGUGCAACGGCCAAUGCCUGUGCUCAGCGGAGAGCGCGCUGGAGCACGGCACGUGCAUGUGCCUAGUCAAGGGGAUCUUCUACCACUGCUCCAAUGACGACGAGGGGGACUCGUGCGCCGACCACCCCUGCUCGCCAUCGCACUCGCACUGCUGCUCACGCUUCCUGUGCAUGGGAUUAAUGUCGGUACUCUUCCCCUGCCUGCUGUGCUACCCGCCGGUCAAGGGCUGCCUGAAGGCGUGCCAGGGAUGCUAUGACCGGGUGCGGAGGCCCGGCUGCCGAUGCAAGAACUCCAACACUGUGUAUUGCAAACUGGAGAGCUGGGCCCCGCAGAACCAGGAGAAACCCUCCUGAUUGCGCCCACUGAUCCCAACGAGCACCACCGCGGACAGUAAGGACAGCAGCAAAAUCUAGCAAGCACCUCCCACCCGUCUUCCCUUGAAGAAAAACCACUCGAUUUCAAAAAUGCUUUUUCUGGUUCAGGACCGGGUUUUUACACACCAGUGUUUUGCCUUAACCGCUCCCACGUCCUUCCUCUGUUUUCCGUAUUGUUUUUCUUUCUGUUUUUUUCCUGUGAAAGAGUGUCUUCUCAGAGCAGGGUUUCUCAAACAAAAUUUGACAUAAGGGGGUUUGACCCCCAAGAAAGAAGUUGGAGCCCAUUCUUGGCCCCGACUGUCAUUGUGCUCAUGUUUACCAGGGUUUCUCUAACUCAACCCCCUUUGUAAUGACAAUUCAAAUCAGACAAAUGCAAAAAAACACAACUCGAAUUUGACAUUUGGGGACCAUCCCCUAAAAAUGGGAUCCGUUCUCUGCCUCUGACACUCAGUUUGUAAAUCCCUGCUUAUGUUGUGACAUGGUUUCUCAAACUCAGCCCCUGAUGAUGUCUCCGCAAAUUAUACCCAGCCCGAUACAAAAUAUAAAUUCCUGAAUAGAAAUUCAAAUUUCACGUUUAGGACCCAUUCUUGGCCCCCAAUCCUCAGUUUGAGAACCCCUACUUGUUUUUAGGGCAAUGAUGUAGCUGUUACCUCCAGGUAUCUUUUUGUUUUUGAAUUACCAGUUCCUAGACCACACUAAAAACCUCCUUUAUGCUUAUGUUGCUUUAACACAAGCACAUCCAUCUCAUAGUAUUUGUUUUUCCUCUCUUCUCUCCACAUGGAAUAUGCUUCUCUCCCCUCAUCCUCCCAUUUAUUUUGUGUACAUUGUAUGCUCAAAAGAAAAAGAGGAAUUCUGGCUAUUUUGUUUAAGAAAAUCUGUUAAAAUUUGUUGUUGUACAAAAAUAUUUAUUAUGUGAAGCUCUAUUAUUUUAUGAUAUUUAUUGCAAGAGACAGUCUUAAAAUUUUACUCAUGUCAAUAUAACAAAAAUAUCAAAUACUUACUGAGAAAAAAAUUAAAAGGGUGGCACAAAAGAAAACUAUGUUAACUUUAAUGCAGAAAAUAUAUUAAUUAAUGAAAACAAACAAG